AUGCUAGCGCUAGCCACAGCACUCUUCCUGUUUGCAAGCAGUUUCGUCUCGGCUCAAAGUGACGAAAAUGUUCCUAGUGGCCCUAUACCGGGCAAUUACAGUGGGCUGUAUCGCCCGCAGGUUCACUUCUCCCCGCCGAAUGGGUUCAUGAAUGAUCCCAAUGGCAUGUUCCAGGACGCGAACGGAACCUAUCACUUUUACUACCAGUACAACCCAACAGAUACCAUAGCUGGGAAUCAGCACUGGGGCCAUGCCACUUCCGACGACCUCUAUCACUGGACUAACCAGCCUAUUGCUCUUGCGCCAUAUGGCAAUGUCACGGGCAUUUUCACCGGAUCAGCCGUUGUCGAUGUCAACAACACCUCUGGCUUCUUUCCGAACCAAACCAAUGGCGUCGUCGUCAUGUACACGGCCAACGGACCAGAUGAUCAAAACCAAGCCAUUGCGUACUCCUACGACGACGGCUACACGUGGGAGUACUUUUCGGGAAACCCCGUCCUCGCCAUAGGCAGCACACAGUUUCGCGAUCCCAAGGUGUUCUGGCACUCGGCUGCCGAGUCCUGGGUGGUGGUGAUAGCCUAUGCUCACGACUUCACGGUUGGUAUCUACACGUCCCCUAAUCUCCUCAAUUGGACGCACGCCUCCAAUUUUUCCCAUGCUGGCUUCCUCGGUCUACAAUACGAAUGUCCUAAUCUGGUGGAGAUGCCCUACAUCGAUGACGACGGAAAUGCCGAGCCCAUCUGGCUGAUGUACGUAUCGAUCAAUCCCGGGGCGCCUCUAGGCGGAUCUGUUGGCGAAUAUUUCCCGGGCAGUUUCAACGGGACGCACUUUGAGGCCGUGGAUGGCGUAGCACGCCUUGCAGAUUUCGGCAAGGACAAUUACGCCACGCAGUUCUUCUAUCGAGACGGCGACGACGGCUCAGCGGAUGCCAUCAGCAUCGCCUGGGCCUCCAACUGGCAAUACACCAACGACGUGCCCACCGGCCCCGCAGAAGGCUGGCAGAGCGCGACCAGCUUGCCACGCCGCAAUUGGAUCAAGCGAAGCCCCGCGGCGAGAGGCGACUACGUUCUGAUGUCCUACCCGUACGACAUCGAAGCCGUGCAAGGCAAAGUGCUCAACUCCAGCUCCAACGUCGGCAACGGCACCGUGACUGCCCGCGCAGGCGAGAACGCGACCGGCGCGCUGCUGAUCCAAGCCAACAUCACCGACCUCAACACCACGGGCAUCGCUGGCACCGCAAGCCUGAACAUCACGGUCCGCAGCAGCCAGACGGGCGAGAGCCUGCUGGCCGGCCAGCGCUUCGGCGGCGACCCCUCGUUCUGGAUGGAUCGAGGCAACACCACGGCGUUCUCGAACCCCUUCUUCACCGAUAAAGUGAGUGCCGGCUUGGUGCUGGGCGAUAGUUGGCAGAUGUUGAUGGUGGUGGAUCGCAGCGUGUGGGAGGUCUUCCUCAUGGGUGGGGAGAGGAGCGCGACGCAGACGUUCUUCCCCAAGGGAUUGCUUGACGAGGUGGAGAUUGAUGUGGGUGGCAUCAACGAGGGUGCGGGUGUCAGUGUUGGGGUGUGGGAACUCGAUAGUGCGUGGGCAAGUGAGGCGAGCGAAGACGGGAUUGUUGGGGGCAAUGCCACCGCUGACCACGGUGGGCAGCGGGUGAGGAGGGCGGUGGGUAUGGAGAGGGAAUUCUGGAUAUAG